AUGAACUCCAAGCAGUCUGAACUUAUAGAAAAAUAUCAAGAAUCCAAACUCUUGAGCAACAAUAAUAUUGAUGAAACUCCAGUCAGUGACGAUGAGGAUGAUCUUCUAGAUCAACUAGAGAGAGAAGAAGAGGAAAUAUUUUCCAAGUACAGAGAAUCAAGAAUACAAGAAUUGAGCAAAGAAAUCAAAAACGUCAACUCCUCUGUUACACAAAGCAUUAAUAAUGAAUUAGGUGAAUUGAAAACUAUACAAAAUGAGAAGGAAUUGAUGGAGAUUCUUCAGCAGAACUCGUCAGCACAACUCCAAGGACCACCCAUAGUUAUUCAUUUCCAGCAACCGGAAUUUGCCAAAUGUAAAAUUAUGAACGAAAGAUUGAACAUUUUAGCCGAAAAGCAUCUUGGCUUGAAAAUAUACAAUAUCAAUGCAGUAGAUGCCCCAUUUUUGGUAACUAAACUUGGUAUAAAAGUAUUACCGUUUGUAGUUGGGUAUAUUAAGGGCGCUGAGGUUUUGAGGGUUGUUGGUUUUGAAAAAUUAGGCAAUAACCCAGAAACGUUUGAUAUCGAAACCUUGGAACAAUUGUUUUAUAUGCAUGGACUCAUUAAUAGAAAGACGAUCAACUUUGGAUCGAUUAAGCAAAAAUCUAAAAUAUUGACCGAGGAUUCGGACGACGAUCUUGAUUUGUGA